UCCCUUGAGACAGCAAAUAUUGCUGCCACAUUUCAUUCUUCAGAAGUACGUGUGGGGAUGUACAUAGAAGGGCCUCUUGGAGUCAUUUCAUCUAAGUUAAGGCCUGAGGCAGAAUGUGGAAUCUGCUGCCUGAGUCUGGCUCAGUCCUAGCGGUAGAGGAAGCUGCAUGGACUUACACUAGGACAAUCAUCAACAGCCUUUCAUUUGGGAAACAUUUACUGAGCUCCCACUAUGGGCCACACCUGUUCCCAGCACUGGGGACCAGUAGGGGAACAAAACAGACAAGGUUGUUGGAAUUUGUAGUCUAGUGGGACAAGGCAGAAUAAAACAACAAUACAGGUUAGCUAAGUUAACUUAGUAAGCAAAACAAUAAUGACAAGACAACAGUAAUGAGUGGAAGAGAGUGUGGGAACAAGGUUUGACAUUAGAAGUCUGAAGUCCCCAUGCAGAGGUGACAUUAGACAGGAGACCAUGGGCAAAUCUGGGGGAAACAGUGCUCCAGGGAGAGGAAUUAUCACUGCCAAGGUCCUGAGGAAGGAGUGAUUUGGAUGUGUUUGAGAAGAAGAAAGUGGGCCACUGUUCUGCAGCAUCGACAGCCAGGGACAGAGGGUGGGAGAUCAGGUUGCAGGUCAUAGAAGAGAGUUGGGAUUUUUAAACUCGGAAAGGAAACCUUUCAAGUCCUGGAAGGUUUAGGUAGGGUGACAUGUUGAUCUAAUUGACAUGUUUUAAAGAUUAGGAUGAAAAAGAUUAGGACCAAUUUUAUCACCUUUCCUCAUUAUGAACAGUUUUGACUACGGAAAUAAAUAUAUAAUAAGGCAAUCCGUGAGUUCUCAUUAUAGCUCUCUCCCAGUUGGGCAGGGGAGCCAGGAUUUCCAACCUAAGAUGUCAUGGCUGCCCAAAUCAGAAACAAGCUCCGAGGUCUGGGUGGCUAGAGCCAUCUUGCCUUGGGAGCUGAAGGAUUCUUGAGCCUUUUCAGGAUGUCCAAAAGUUGGGGACCCCUGGAGGGUCACUGCCAUAUGAGAGGAUGUUGGACCCAGGACAAGGGUUGGGCAGGAAGGUAGGGAGGUCCCCAGUCGUCAAAGGAAGACACAGGGGGCCUGUGGCAGGUGGAGGAGGCAGAAGAGGAAAGAAAGGCCACAGGCUGCCUCCUCUGUUGCUGCCUGACCCCUCCUCCUUUGCGGAGGGCCUUGAAUGUCCUUUCUGCAGCAGUGGCCAGACCAGGUGUGUCUGGAAAUACCCAAACUCUGCCCUUCAGGUGGCAGGAAAUAAAUGUUGCUGUGGACGCAGCGUGUGGCUGGGGCAGGGUAUGUGUGUGGAGGGGUGUUAAAGUUUUGGGGGUCAGAAAUGCACCCAUCCUGCAGCCCUAGUUCCAGCUGCUAUAGGGGGAGGCGACUCGGACAACUUGAGUUCGGUGCAGAAAGAAAAUGCGGAUAGAGUUGAGCGGCGCGUGGUGAGGCGCUGGCUAGUGUGUGGGCUAAGAACCAGUGGAGACGCUCCGCUCCGCAGACCCUUCCCACUGCCUCACCCCUACCCCUCUUCUGCCCAAGGCUCUCCCUACUACCCAAGCCCUCCCCGAAAUAGUUAAGUAUCCUCCUACCAACUCCUACCAUCUUUCCCCCUUCGCUCCAACCCGCAGCGGUGGCGAACGGCCCCACUGAAGCGCCGGGGGCCACGCAGGGAGGCCCGCCGGCCAGCGAGGGGGCGGGGAGCUCGCCGGCCUCCGACCCCCCCUUCGCCCCCGGCUGCCGCGGCCCCAGCGGCCUCCGCGCUGCGAGGAGCGGGCGCUUGGACGCUGGGGGAGUUGUUUGAUUUGGCGGAGGCGGGGAGGCUGGCGAGGAGCGAGCGAGGGAGGCACGAGAGCCGGGCAGCGCGGGCGCCGGGCGCAAGGGUAGGGUCCCCGCGCGCAGCAGCUGCCCAGAGGCGGGGGCGAGGCGGCUGCGGGCGCCGGGGAUGCCCAGAGGGGCCGCGGCCGAGAGGAGACCGGGGACUGGACAGCCCGACCUGCCGGGUGCGCGGGCAGGUGCUUCGGCUCCUUUUUUUUUUCCCCCCUCCUUUUUCCUCUGCCCCUUCCUUCCUCGCCCUGAAGUAAGAUGAGCGUGAUGCUGUGGCGCUGGGAACAGAAUAACACCACCAUGAAGCUGAUCUACACAGAUUGGGCCAAUCAUUAUCUAGCCAAAUCUGGCCACAAGCGUCUCAUCAAGGAUCUCCAGCAAGAUGUAACAGAUGGCGUCCUCCUGGCCCAGAUUAUCCAGGUUGUGGCAAAUGAAAAGAUUGAAGACAUCAAUGGCUGUCCGAAGAACAGAUCACAAAUGAUUGAAAACAUAGAUGCCUGCUUGAAUUUCCUGGCAGCUAAGGGAAUAAACAUCCAGGGGCUGUCUGCAGAAGAGAUCAGGAAUGGAAACCUCAAGGCCAUUCUAGGCCUCUUCUUCAGCCUCUCCCGAUACAAGCAGCAGCAGCAGCAGCCCCAGAAGCAGCACCUCUCCUCACCUCUGCCGCCCGCUGUGUCCCAGGUGGCCGGGGCCCCCUCCCAGUGCCAGGCUGGCACGCCUCAGCAGCAGGUGCCAGCCGCUCCUCAAGCCCCGUGCCAGCCUCACCAACCCGCGCCACAUCAGCAGUCAAAAGCACAAGCUGAAAUGCAGUCCAGUGCAUCAUCCAAGGACUCAUCUCAAAGCAAAAUCAUCCGCUUCACUCUGGGUCAGAAAAAGAUAUCUAGACUUCCAGGUCCUACCGCGAGGGUAUCCGCUGCAGGCAGCGAGGCCAAAGCACGUGGAGGGUCAGCUACUGCUAACAACCGGCGCAGCCAGAGCUUUAACAACUAUGACAAAUCCAAACCAGUCACCUCCCCACCCCCACCGCCAAGCAGCCACGAGAAAGAGCCAUUGGCAAGCUCAGCCUCCUCCCACCCCGGAAUGAGCGACAAUGCACCUGCUCCCUUGGAGAGCAGCAGCAGCUCCACCCCUACUAAUUGUAGCACCUCCUCGGCCAUCCCGCAGCCCAGCGCAGCCACCAAGCCUUGGCGCAGCAAAUCCCUCAGCGUGAAGCACAGUGCCACGGUAUCCAUGCUCUCCAUCAAGCCUGCUGGGCCUGAGGCCCCCAGGCCCACACCUGAAGCCAUGAAACCGGCCCCCAACAAUCAGAAGUCCAUGCUGGAAAAGCUGAAACUUUUCAACAGUAAAGGGGGCUCAAAGGCAGGUGAGGGCCCGGGGUCCCGGGACACAAGCUGUGAGCGACUGGAGACUCUGCCCAGUUUCGAAGAGAGCGAGGAGCUGGAGGCCACCGGUCGCAUGCUCACCACCAUGGGCCCUGUUUCCAGCAGCCCCAAGAUUGCACUCAAGGGCAUUGCCCAGAGGACUUUUAGCCGGGCGCUGACCAACAAGAAGAGUUCUCCAAAAGGCAAUGAGAAAGAGAAGGAGAAACAACAGCGGGAGAAGGAUAAGGAGAAAAGCAAGGACCUUGCCAAGAGAGCCUCUGUGACGGAGAGGCUGGACCUCAAGGAAGAGCCAAAAGAAGAUCCCAGUGGAACAGCCAUGCCCGAGAUGCCAAAAAAGUCCUCCAAGAUCGCCAGCUUCAUUCCCAAAGGGGGGAAGCUCAACAGUGCCAAGAAGGAGCCCGUGGCCCCUUCCCACAGUGGAAUACCAAAACCAGGAAUGAAGAGCAUGCCUGGGAAAUCCCCAAGUGCCCCAGCACCUUCCAAGGAAGGGGAGCGGAGCCGGAGUGGGAAGCUGAGCUCAGGGCUUCCCCAGCAGAAGCCCCAGCUGGACGGCAGACACUCCAGUUCCUCUUCUAGCCUGGCAUCCUCAGAAGGAAAAGGCCUGGGAGGGACCACCCUGAACCACAGCAUCAGCAGCCAGACCGUCAGUGGGUCUGUCGGGACCACCCAGACCACAGGAAGCAAUACUGUCAGUGUUCAGCUACCUCAGCCCCAGCAGCAAUACAACCAUCCCAACACUGCCACGGUCGCACCUUUCCUGUACAGGUCUCAGACAGACACUGAAGGGAAUGUUACUGCCGAGUCAAGCUCAACAGGUGUGAGCAUGGAGCCCAGCCACUUCACCAAGACUGGACAGCCUGCUCUGGAAGAACUCACUGGGGAAGAUCCUGAGGCUCGGCGGCUGCGGACAGUGAAGAACAUCGCUGAUCUGCGGCAGAAUUUGGAGGAAACCAUGUCCAGUUUAAGGGGAACUCAGGUUACACACAGCACAUUGGAAACCACAUUUGACACUAAUGUCACCACCGAGAUGAGUGGCCGUAGCAUACUCAGCUUGACAGGGAGGCCCACGCCUCUGUCCUGGAGACUGGGCCAGUCCAGCCCUCGGCUCCAAGCAGGAGAUGCCCCCUCGAUGGGCAAUGGGUACCCCCCUCGAGCCAACGCCAGCCGGUUCAUCAACACUGAGUCAGGUCGCUACGUGUACUCUGCCCCUCUAAGAAGGCAACUGGCCUCUCGGGGCAGCAGCAUCUGCCAUGUGGACGUCUCAGACAAGGCAGGAGAUGAGAUAGACCUGGAAGGCAUCAGCAUAGACGCCCCCGGCUACAUGAGUGACGGGGACGUUCUGAGCAAGAACAUCCGGACCGAUGACAUUACAAGCGGAUACAUGACUGAUGGUGGACUUGGCCUCUACACCCGUCGCCUGAACCGGCUCCCUGAUGGGAUGGCUGUGGUACGGGAGACCCUGCAACGAAAUACCUCCCUGGGCCUCGGAGACGCUGACAGCUGGGACGACAGCAGCUCCGUCAGCAGUGGCAUCAGUGACACCAUAGACAACCUCAGCACUGAUGACAUCAACACCAGCUCCUCCAUCAGCUCCUAUGCCAACACACCUGCCUCCUCUCGAAAAAACCUGGAUGUGCAGACUGACGCUGAGAAGCACUCACAGGUGGAGAGAAAUUCCCUGUGGUCUGGUGAUGAUGUCAAGAAAUCAGACGGAGGCUCAGACAGCGGCAUAAAAAUGGAGCCAGGUUCCAAGUGGAGGCGGAAUCCUUCUGACGUGUCUGACGAGUCUGACAAAAGCACGUCGGGCAAGAAGAAUCCCGUCAUCUCCCAGACAGGCUCAUGGCGGCGAGGCAUGACAGCUCAGGUGGGCAUCACCAUGCCAAGGACGAAGCCGUCAGCCCCAGCAGGUGCACUGAAGACCCCAGGAACUGGAAAAACAGAUGAUGCAAAGGUGUCUGAGAAAGGAAGGCUUUCUCCAAAAGCCUCCCAGGUGAAGCGCUCCCCAUCAGAUGCAGGCCGGAGCAGUGGUGAUGAAUCCAAAAAGCCCCUCCCCAGCAGCUCUAGGACACCCACUGCCAAUGCCAACAGCUUUGGGUUCAAGAAGCAGAGUGGUUCUGCUGCCGGUCUGGCCAUGAUCACAGCCAGCGGGGCCACCGUUACCAGCAGGUCAGCCACACUGGGCAAAAUCCCAAAGUCAUCUGCACUCGUCAGUAGGUCUGCUGGUCGGAAGUCAAGCAUGGACGGGGCUCAGAAUCAGGACGAUGGGUAUCUGUCCCUCAGCUCCCGGACAAAUCUUCAGUACCGGAGUUUGCCAAGGCCCAGUAAGUCCAACAGCCGGAAUGGGGCUGGGAACAGGUCUAGCACCAGCAGCAUAGAUUCCAACAUCAGCAGCAAGUCUGCAGGCCUGCCAGUGCCCAAACUGAGGGAGCCUUCCAAAACAGCCCUAGGCAGUUCUCUAUCAGGCCUGGUCAACCAGACAGAUAAGGAGAAAGGCAUAUCAUCAGACAGCGAGAGCGUGGCUUCCUGUAACUCGGUAAAAGUGAACCCAGCAGCCCAGCCUGUGUCCAGUCCAGCUCAGGCCACUCUCCAGCCUGGAGCCAAGUACCCAGAUGUGGCCUCUCCCACACUCCGCAGACUCUUUGGUGGGAAGCCUACCAAGCAAGUGCCCAUUGCCACAGCUGAAAACAUGAAAAAUUCGGUGGUCAUCUCCAAUCCUCAUGCCACCAUGACUCAGCAAGGUAAUCUAGACUCCCCGUCAGGCAGUGGCAUCCUGAGCAGUGGGAGCAGCAGUCCUCUCUACAGCAAGAAUGUGGACCUCAACCAGUCUCCACUGGCCUCCAGCCCCAGCUCAGCCCACUCGGGCCCUUCCAACAGCCUCACCUGGGGCACCAACGCCAGCAGCUCCUCUGCAGUUAGCAAGGACGGCCUGGGCUUCCAGUCUGUCAGCAGCCUCCACACCAGCUGUGAGUCCAUCGACAUCUCCCUCAGCAGUGGAGGGGGUCCUAGCCACAAUUCUUCCACUGGCCUCAUCGCCUCCUCCAAGGACGACUCCCUGACUCCCUUUGUCAGAACCAACAGUGUGAAGACCACACUGUCGGAAAGCCCUCUCUCUUCCCCUGCUGCUAGCCCUAAGUUCUGCAGAAGUACUCUGCCCAGGAAACAGGACAGUGACCCGCACCUUGAUAGGAACACUUUGCCUAAGAAAGGACUCAGGUAUACUCCCACCUCUCAGCUUCGCACACAAGAAGAUGCAAAAGAAUGGUUACGGUCCCACUCUGCAGGAGGCCUGCAGGACACCGCUGCCAAUUCCCCCUUUUCCUCUGGCUCCAGCGUGACUUCUCCCUCUGGAACAAGAUUCAACUUUUCCCAGCUUGCGAGUCCCACCACUGUCACUCAGAUGAGCUUGUCCAACCCGACCAUGCUGAGGACCCACAGCCUCUCCAAUGCCGAUGGGCAGUAUGAUCCAUACACUGACAGCCGCUUCCGGAACAGCUCCAUGUCUCUGGAUGAGAAGAGCAGAACUAUGAGCCGUUCAGGCUCAUUCCGGGAUGGGUUUGAAGAAGUUCAUGGAUCCUCACUCUCCUUGGUUUCCAGCACGUCGUCAAUUUAUUCUACACCAGAAGAAAAAUGCCAGUCAGAGAUUCGCAAACUGCGGCGGGAACUGGAUGCCUCCCAGGAGAAAGUUUCAGCUUUGACCACCCAGCUGACAGCAAAUGCUCACCUCGUGGCAGCCUUUGAACAGAGUCUUGGUAACAUGACAAUCAGGCUCCAGAGUCUGACCAUGACAGCUGAGCAGAAGGAUUCGGAACUGAAUGAGUUAAGAAAAACCAUUGAGCUGCUAAAGAAACAGAAUGCAGCUGCCCAGGCUGCCAUUAAUGGAGUAAUUAACACACCUGAGCUCAACUGCAAAGGAAAUGGCACUGCCCAGUCUGCAGACCUCCGCAUCCGCAGGCAGCACUCCUCAGACAGCGUCUCCAGCAUCAACAGCGCCACCAGCCACUCCAGCGUGGGCAGCAAUAUAGAGAGUGACUCAAAGAAGAAGAAGAGGAAGAACUGGUUACGCAGCUCCUUCAAGCAAGCUUUCGGGAAGAAGAAGUCCCCCAAAUCUGCGUCCUCUCAUUCAGACAUUGAGGAGAUGACGGAUUCUUCUCUGCCUUCCUCACCAAAGUUACCACACAAUGGGUCCACAGGUUCCACCCCACUGCUGAGGAAUUCCCACUCCAACUCUCUGAUUUCGGAAUGCAUGGAUAGUGAAGCUGAGACUGUCAUGCAGCUCCGAAAUGAGUUGAGAGACAAGGAGAUGAAGCUGACGGACAUCCGCUUAGAAGCUCUCAGUUCUGCCCACCAGCUGGACCAGCUCCGGGAGGCCAUGAACAGGAUGCAGAGUGAAAUAGAGAAGCUGAAAGCUGAGAAUGACCGGCUGAAGUCAGAGUCUCAAGGCAGUGGCUGCAGCCGGGCUCCUUCCCAAGUGUCCAUCUCUGCCUCUCCGAGGCAGUCCAUGGGCCUCUCCCAGCACAGCUUGAACCUCACUGAAUCCACCAGCCUGGACAUGUUGCUGGAUGACACUGGUGAAUGCUCGGCUCGGAAGGAAGGAGGCAGGCAUGUUAAGAUAGUUGUCAGCUUUCAGGAGGAAAUGAAGUGGAAGGAGGAUUCCAGACCACACCUCUUUCUUAUUGGCUGCAUUGGAGUUAGUGGCAAGACGAAGUGGGAUGUGCUCGAUGGGGUGGUUAGACGGCUGUUCAAAGAAUACAUUAUUCAUGUCGACCCAGUGAGUCAGCUAGGGCUGAAUUCAGACAGUGUUCUUGGUUACAGCAUUGGAGAAGUCAAGCGUAGCAACACUUCCGAAACACCGGAGCUGCUUCCUUGUGGCUAUCUGGUUGGAGAGAACACAACCAUCACGGUGACUGUCAAAGGGCUCGCAGAAAACAGCCUGGACUCACUGGUGUUUGAGUCCUUGAUCCCCAAGCCCAUCCUGCAGCGCUACGUCUCCCUGCUGAUGGAGCACCGUCGGAUCAUUCUCUCUGGCCCCAGCGGUACUGGGAAAACCUACCUGGCCAACCGGCUGUCUGAGUAUAUGGUACUUCGAGAGGGACGGGAGUUGACAGACGGGGUUAUCGCCACCUUUAACGUGGACCAUAAGUCCAGCAAGGAAUUGCGCCAGUACCUGUCCAACCUUGCUGACCAGUGCAACAGUGAGAACAACGCUGUGGACAUGCCCCUCGUCAUCAUCCUGGAUAACCUACAUCAUGUGAGCUCUCUGGGCGAGAUCUUCAAUGGGCUGCUCAACUGCAAGUACCACAAAUGCCCUUACAUAAUCGGCACAAUGAAUCAGGCUACCUCUUCGACUCCCAACCUGCAGCUUCAUCAUAACUUCAGAUGGGUGCUUUGUGCCAACCACACGGAGCCUGUGAAGGGUUUCCUUGGCCGGUUUCUGAGGAGGAAGCUCAUGGAAACAGAGAUCAGUGGGCGGGUGCGGAAUAUGGAGCUGGUAAAAAUCAUCGACUGGAUUCCCAAGGUCUGGCAUCACCUCAACCGCUUCCUGGAGGCUCACAGCUCCUCGGAUGUCACCAUCGGCCCCCGGCUCUUCCUGUCAUGCCCCAUCGAUGUGGAUGGCUCGAGAGUGUGGUUCACCGACUUGUGGAACUACUCCAUCAUCCCCUAUCUCCUGGAAGCCGUCAGAGAAGGACUCCAGCUCUAUGGAAGGCGUGCCCCCUGGGAGGAUCCUGCCAAGUGGGUAAUGGACACAUAUCCAUGGGCAGCCAGCCCACAACAGCACGAGUGGCCUCCCCUGCUGCAGUUAAGGCCUGAGGAUGUCGGCUUCGAUGGCUACUCCGUGCCUAGGGAGGGAUCGACAAGCAAGCAGGUGCCCCCCAGUGAUGCUGAAGGUGACCCGCUGAUGAACAUGCUGAUGAGGCUUCAGGAGGCAGCCAACUACUCCAGCCCCCAGAGCUAUGACAGCGACUCCAACAGCAACAGCCAUCACGAUGACAUCUUGGACUCCUCUUUGGAGUCCACUCUGUGACAGGGGCCCGGCCAUGCAGCCCAGCACCCUCCUCUUCUCCUUGCCCCAUUCCACCUGCAUCCCCCACAUCAUCCUGAAGAUGACUUCCUGAGCCAGCCCCCAGCCACAGCCUUAGAGCUGCGGAAACACCUAGACCCCUCGUCCUUCAGCCUCGACCUAGGUGCAGGCAUCCCAGGUCAGCUGCCCGCGGACCGCUUCCUUUCACAGCGAGAACUGCACUACCUUCUGUUGUACUUUAAUUAUUGUUUUGCCUUGUUGCUGUGACCUCCCUAAGACACUGAAGAUACUUCUCGGGAAAGGAUCAUCGCUGUUGAAAAAAAGAGAGAAAAAAAAGAAUAGAACCCACCUGAAGCUCUGAAACCAAACAGCAUCCUGCCUGGAGCUUCCCAGAGACAGAAGAGACUGGAGCAAAGUUGGAAACAGAGAAGCACGGCCUCUCCUCAGCGCAGACCCUCCAGACAGGGUCUCAGAGCCACGCAGCCGGCUGCAGGGAGAACUGGUGCUAACUCGGGUGCUUGCUUUCAUCACGUUCAGCGCGCUGCAGAGCUCCAACACAGGGAAACCUUAGGAGAAAACAGACCGCGCUUUCGUGUUUUUUAAAUGGUGCUUUCCUUACCCGAGAGGUAUUUUGCCUGUUCCAAUCCAACCCCCCUGUUCAGGUCCAUCAGCCUCCAAUUAGUCCGUGAGAGUGAGUGAAGGAGCAAGAAUGUGAGCGAGUAGAUGUUCGACACAGAACAGCAUGUGUCUGUUUCCUUCUGAUAUAUGAAUGAAUCAGGUUUUUUUUUUUCUGCAAACACUGUGUAUAGUGUGACUUGUUCUACUUUGGAGAACUGAUUACCUUUUGAAAAUGAGGUUGAGCUUCUCCCUUUCUGAUGCAUUGAUUUUUUGAAGAUUUUUUUUCUCCUUCCCCUCUUGGUCAGAAUCAAUCCUUUGGUGAGAGUAAGAACCGCAGGAGCUGAGUUUUGGUUUGGUCCUGCUCAGUUUUGGUUUUUAGUUGUCCAUCCUCACAGUCCUACACCCUCACCGCCUCCUGCUAGGGCUGGGGGCAUCUGUGCCCUUUAAAAUGGAUGAGGACCCGGUCCUCGACAUGUGGGUGAGCCAUGGACCUUGUCUUCCCUUCUCGUCCUUGAGGGUUUAGAACACACACUGACACCUCAAGCGUCCCCACCCCAGCUUCCGGUGGGGUGAUGAGGUCACCCCACGAAAGACUUGCACUUUCCUCAGAACCAACACGACGCAGCUCCACAAGGGUGAGGGGUCACCCUCCCAGAAGCCCCGUCUGGACGAGCCUUGCCUGACCUCUUCGGUGCUGACCUUCCCAAAGUGAUGCCUUACUGGUUUUGUACUAACUGUGUUCAUUUUACAUAAGUGUCGUGCCUGCCUGGGGUUUGUUUGUUUGUUUGUUUGUUUUGUCGUUUUCCCCGUUGAAGCAAACAGGGCUAAAAAGUCAUCUAUUCAUUAGGAGAACUCAAGUUGCUGUGACUUUUCUCAUCCAAAAGACUCAUUUGUGUGGAUGCAUGACCAUGGGAAAAAGAAAAAAAAAGAGAUCCAUUUGUUUAGGUUCUUAUCAGUCUCCAGCUGACAACCUGACUGGACAGUGAUCUGUCUCGUGCAGGAGAAGGCAAAGUUUCUACAAGUCUGUGUGACCUUGCUGAUACUUGCUCCAAUAGAAACCCAGUCUGCUGUGUCUUUGACAUACUGGUAUUUUCGUUACGAAGUAUGGUAAAUUUUUGAGUUGUUUGUUUCUGUUUUAUAAAGAGAAUCUUUAUUGGACACCAGUGAGGGUGUCUCUCUUUUAAUGAUCAGGGUUUUUAUUCCAUCUUUUGCAUUUCUAUUUCUGAAGGUUUGUCUCUUGGCAUCUUUUCUUAGUUUCUUACCAUAAGAGUUCAACCCGAAACUGCUCACUUCACAUUGGGUGACACCAUGUUCUUCCUCUUUAAAAAGAAAAGGGGAAUGUGUCCCACUAACUGAUGAAAGGAAAACCUUUCAACACUAUCCCUGCUUUAAUCUCAGCAAACUCAGGCUAUUCUGCUUAGCCUUCAUCGGUCAUCUGGGUGUGAGUGUGUCUUGUUCUCUUUUUGUUCUUAAUAAGACUUUCAAACCAUAUAUUUAGCCUGUGGCCAGGGGGCCAAACCCUAAGACUUUGGGUAACCCUGGAGGGUGGCCCUCCUCAGACCAUUUAUCUCCCAGCAAUGACGCUAUCCUCUCGUACUGUGAAUUUGGGAGGAGGUCAAGUUGACGUCUCCUCGUGGGCAGUUUUUCAGUCACCUUGUGAGUAGACACCGGCCAAUGUUGUUUGAAACCUUUUUAAUAUGACACCCUCUCUUGUCGUUCAUUCUGUCCCCUCUCCCACAGACUUCCCUCCCACUGGGUCCAGGUUCAGAUCCAAGACUUCUGUACCUGGUGCUGUCUGAUUGGUGAAAAUUGACUUCAAGUAGCAUAGCCCUUGUGUGAUUCACAACUCCGUGUCCUUCCUAAAGUUUCGGGAAGCAGGGUUGUCUAAUAUGCACAUUUCUUAUUUUGGUCAUAUUUUUACUUCAGUGUCACUCACCUUGGACAAAGUGACUUUGACUCAUUUAGGGCUCUAUCGGAAAUGCUUCCAUUUUGCCUUUUUCUACAGUUAGGCCAAUUUUGAAAUGUAUAAAUUCUAUGCAACAUUUAUGUUGAGUUACCAAUGGAAGCCAAACGUUCUCUUCCCAAACUGCCAAGAAUGAUACAGGCCAUAAAUGAGAUGGGAAUACGUUUUAAGAUUCGCUGGGGGUGGGGUGGGAGUGGGACAGGAACAAGACUUGCCUAGACCUUUGUUGUAUCUUGGGGACUUUUACUUUGUUGUUUGAUGCUUAUACUUCAAAAUUCUCUGUACUCAAAUUUGAUUGUGGCGGAUCUACUUCAAAAAGGAAAGAUAAUCCAACUUUGUGGAUACUGAAUGGAAGGUUUGCUGUUUUGAUCUAGUUUCCAGUGGAGCAGUUUAUGAAAUAUGUUCUAUAAGAUGUACAUUUUUUCAUUGUAACAUAGAAAUUGUAAAUAACUGAUUAAAGUGCUGCAUUUUGAUGAAUUUUUUCUAGCCAUUUUUAAAGAGAAAACUAGGAAUUGAGUAUUUUGUGUACGGUAUGUUUCCAUCCUCCCUACCCUCCUUCCUCCCCUCCUCUCUCUCUCUCUCCCCCUUCCUAUUUAAUUUUCAUUUGUCAUGAGGUUUUUGGAUUUGCCAAUGAUCUGCCAGACAUCAUGUCCCAUGUCAUAGAGAAUAAAGCUGAUGAUUGUACCAGUCUUAAAUUAUUCAUGAUUCAAUAAAAUUGAUGCUUAUUUAUUCA